AUGGUCACUGACGAAAAUGGAAGAAGACUCAUUACUGGUUAUGUGCCAAAGUUGGGAUUGACCUGUGCAGGUAUAGUCUGCUAUGGCUUGUUAGCAAUAGCAUUCUGGGCUCGAUUCUUCGCUCACGGAAGACAGAAGUACAUGUUGACGUUAUGUAUCGGUACAACCACCAUGGCGGUUGGAUUUGGUAUCAGAAUUAUCAUGACGAACAAACCUGAUCAAUUGGGUGUAUACAUUGCCACUACUUUGUUCACCUUACUUUCACCGUGUGCAUUCCUCGCCAACGACUAUAUCAUCUUACCCCGACUUGCCAGAUGGCUAGACGCCGAAGACCAACUUUUUUUGCGAGCAAGUAGAGUUACCAAGACAUUCGUAUGGAGUGAUGUUAUCACUUUCUGGCUUCAAGCUGCCGGAGGUGGCUUGAGUGCAUCCCAAUCCGAGGGAAUGCAGAAAACAGGUUUAUACGUGGCGUUGGUCGGUCUGAUCGUUCAAUGUGUAUCAUUCAUGCUUUUCCUGUGUCUCGCAGUCGUAUUUGGUUACAAGAUUCGACGAACACCUAAAUGGACAAACACGCCUCAAAAUUCCCAGGGUUUCGCCGUCCAUCUCCGUCGACUGGAAGAUUGGCGAAUGAUCUUAUACGCCGUCUUGUGGACCGGUGUUGGUAUCAUGAUCCGAUGUAUCUUCCGAGUAAUCGAAUAUGCCGAAGGUUUCGAUGGUAAAUUAAGAAAUACCGAAUGGGCAUUUUACGUCUUCGACGCUUUACCUCUCUUCUUGGCUAUUGCCGUUUGGUUGUUCAUUUGGCCACCUGCCAUUAUGAGGGAUCAAAACGCCUAUUUCACAACUGUGCAGACGACUUCACCUUCGCAAUACCCUUUGACUGUCAGAGAAACUUCCCAAUGGAAUAACCAGGAAGGUAAACAGAUUUAUGGACAGUAUGCCUAA